AUCUUUGAAUUGAGCGGAGCGAGUCGAGAGAAGUGAGCCUGGUGUUUGACUGGGGAAAGCACGACGCUGGUGAGAAGCGCAGGACAGAGACAGAGAGUCUACAGCGUUCUUUUGGCCAGCGGAGACAGACGACUGGGCGGGGAAGAUGGGGAGGAAAAAGAUCCAGAUCACGCGGAUCAUGGACGAACGCAACAGACAGGUGACGUUCACGAAGCGUAAGUUCGGCCUGAUGAAGAAGGCGUACGAGCUGAGCGUGCUGUGCGACUGCGAGAUCGCCCUCAUCAUCUUCAACAGCACCAACAAGCUGUUCCAGUACGCCAGCACCGACAUGGACAAGGUGCUGCUCAAGUACACCGAGUACAACGAGCCGCACGAGAGCAGGACCAACUCCGACAUCGUGGAGGCCUUGAGCAAGAAGGAGAACAAAGAUGGCGAGAGCCCGGACCUGGAGUCCACUCUGGCUCUCACUCCGCGCACGGAGGAGAAGUACAGGCAGAUUAAUGAGGAGUUUGAGUACAUGAUCAGGACUCAAAAGAUCUCUGCCGUUCCACCCUCCAACUACGAGAUGCCCGUGUCCAUCCCAGUGAGCAACCAGAACAGCCUGCUCUACAGCCACCCCGGGGCCUCCCUGGGCAACCACAACCUGCUGCCACUGGCCCACCACAGCCUACAGAGGAACAACAUGUCCCCCGGCGUCACACACAGACCCCCUAGUGCAGGUGGCCUGAUGGGCACUGACCUCACCACUGGCGCGGGCACCAGUGCUGGUAAGGACGGCACGCCCUCCUACUACAGAAAUGGAUAUGGUAACCACCGUAACUCCCCAGGCCUGCUGGUGUCCUCCGGCGGGAUGAACAAAGGCAUGCAGGCCAAGUCCCCUCCGCCCAUGAACCUGGGCAUGAACAACCGCAAGCCCGACCUGCGCGUGCUCAUCCCCCCCGGAGCCAAGAACAACAUGCCCUCCAUC